AUGAGCAAAAAUAUGCCUGCGAUUUCUCUCUCUCCCUCAAUUUUUUCAUUUCUCUCUUCCUCCCCCCCUCUCUCUCUCUCUCUCUCUCUCUCUCUCUCAUUUUUUUCAUUUGCCAUUCUCUCCCUAUUUCUUAUCUCCCCUUUUUCAUCUUCAACCGAACUUCCACAAAUUGCUUCCUCUUCGUCUCUUUCACAUUUACAACACUUUCGUUUUCAUUCUUUUUCUCUUUUAUAUUUCCUCUUUCUCUAUCUGUAUCUCUACCUUUCUCUUUCUCUCAUUCUUGUUCUCAUUCAUAUUCCCUCUCUCCCUAUCUCUAUCUUCUCUUUUUCUCUCUCAUUCUUUUUCUCUUUUAUAUUUCCUCUUUCUCUAUCUGUAUCUCUACCUUUCUCUAUCUCUCAUUCUUGUUCUCAUUCAUAUUCCCUCUCUCCCUAUCUGUAUCUUCUCUUUUUCUCUCUCAUUCUUGUUCUCUUUUAUAUUUCCCUCUCUCUCUCUAUGUGUAUCUUCUCUUUUUCUCUCUCAUUCUUCUUCUCUUUUAUAUUUCCCUCUCUCUCUCUCUAUCUGCAUCUUCUCUUUUUCUCUCUCAUUCUUCUUCUCUUUUAUAUUUCCCUCUCUCUUUCUCUAUGUGUAUCUUCUCUUUUUCUCUCUCAUUCUUCUUCUCUUUUAUAUUCCCUCUCUCUCUCUAUAUCUGUAUCUUCUCUUUUUCUCUCUCAUUCUUCUUCUCUUUUAUAUUCCCUCUCUCUUUCUCUAUGUGUCUUCUUUUUCUCUCAUUCUUCUUCUCUUUUUAUAUUUCCCUCUCUCUCUCUAUAUCUGUAUCUUCUCUUUUUCUCUCUCAUUCUUGUUCUCUUUUAUAUUCCCUCUCUCUUUCUCUAUGUGUAUCUUCUCUUUUUCUCUCUCAUUCUUCUUCUCUUUUAUAUUUCCCUCUCUCUCUAUAUAUCUGUAUCUUCUCUUUUUCUCUCUCAUUCUUGUUCUCUUUUAUAUUCCCUCUCUCUUUCUCUAUGUGUAUCUUCUCUUUUUCUCUCUCAUUCUUCUUCUCUUUUAUAUUCCCUCUCUCUCUCUAUAUCUGUAUCUUCUCUUUUUCUCUCUCAUUCUUCUUCUCUUUUAUAUUUCCCUCUCUCUCUCUCUAUCUGUAUCUUCUCUUUUUCUCUCUCACUCUUGUCCUCUUUAUCUAUAUUUUCUUUUUCUCAUUCUUGUUCUCUUUUAUAUUGCUACUUUCUCUCUCUCUAUCUUCUCUUUUUCUUUCUUAUUUUGGUUCGCUUUUAUCUUCGCUCUUUCUCUAUCUGCAUCUCUCUCUCUCUCUCUCUCUCUAUCAUUCUUUUCCUUCGAGCUGACUAA